AGACCGUCGCCAUGCUGUCCAAGCUCAGGUCGCACCCCGUCACUAGCGAAGAGGCGCUAUCAGUAGCGAGACAGCUUGGGGCGACGACGUACGUGGAGACAUCAGCGCGGGCUUCCAGCAAGGGCGUGAAGGAUGCCUUUGAAGUGGCCGCUUUGGCCGCACUGGGCAAACUGAACAAACAGCAGAUGAAGCAACAGCAGAAGCAGGUGGGACGCAGCAAAAGCAAACGGGACCUAAAAGCCGAGCUAAAGGGGCGAGCGAAGAGUUGCUGCGUCAUGUGAUCCGUAGCCGGCCACCCCUCGCGGUGGCCGAACGACUGCUAGGCGGCCACCGCCCUUCAAAACUUCUCAAUCUACCGCCAGCACUAUGGCUUCAUCACAUAGAAGACACACCGGGCCCAAUGUUGCGCCUUGCGUGACACCUGCACCCAACGCCGAAACAAAAGUGUAUUUUGACGGUUAAAGUGACCUAUUCAUCUUCUGAAACUGAAUGAGAAUCGAAAAAGUUGUCGAAAAGUUUGUGAGACUAUCGAAAAUUUUAAAAUUAAGUGUGAUUAUAUUUAUCAAAUGCCUCGAUAAGAAUUAUAAGGACUGUAAUAUUUAUAUACGACGGAAUGAGAUUGGUUUAGCGAUCGUGAGGCUGGAUCUUUUGUAAUCUUCCUUUAAAGAUAUCAUUGAAACAAAGGUGCAAUGUAUAAUGACCCCCAGGGUUUCAGCGUAAGCCUGUGAUAAAGUAAAAAAAUAGAAAAUUGAAAGUAAAAAGUGAAUAGCGGAGUUUAGGCAGUUUGAAAUUAGAGGCAAAUGAGCGCUGAAAUCGAAUGAUAUUUAAAUGUUAGUUAUUUACAAACUAUUAAUAUAAUUGUCCUAAAAUAAAAGAAUGAUACAUAGCUAGUAGACGAAAUAAGUGUUUUCAUAUACAUACAAUGAUGACCUAAUUGUAAUUACUCGAUGUUUUUCUAUAACCGUAGCAUUUUCAGAAUAUAAUGUAAUAAGAAAUUUAAAUGUGCUCCAUUGUUAUUUUUAUGUAGGACCAAUAUUAUGUAUUGUUUAAAUUCGAAAGCUUACGUAGUAAGAUUAAUUAAGUGGUCAAUAUGAUUGAUUUGAAAGCUACAAGCUAAAUUUGUUUUGUGAUAUACAUAUGUACGUAAUAAUGUAAAUUUAAUGAAAAACAAUGCACAAUUAUGGACAAUACUAAGUUACGGAGGUCCAUUUGCUAGUUAGUUCACGUCCAUGUUUGCUACGUUUAGGACUUAGCGUUUUGUACAUUAUACCAUGUUGAUGUUAAAUGUUGCUUGCAUUCAUCGUGUUUUUCUUCAUUGAAUGUAACACGUUUCAAAAUGUUAAUUUCGUCUCUUUCACUUCCAUUAAAUGUUCAUUAAACUUUAUUAUCAUUCACAACAAUUUAUUUUGUAAGAUUAUAAGAUAUAUUAUUUAUAUUAUAGUAGGUAUGUAUGUGUUACAAAUUAUUCUAUAUUAUAUUUAGAUAUUUUGUAAUAAUUUCGUAUAUUCUAAACGCACAAAACAUCGACUUGAUCUUAAUUUCAAGAAUAUUAGAAAUCAUUAUUGCUUACGCACAGUGUUAACAGUCAUUAGAAAAUCAAUGUUUGUAUAAACGAGUCACCAUUUUCUAAAGUAGUCAAAAUAAUUAAAUCUACACUUUAUACUUUAGAUUUUUGUGCGAAUCAAUUAUGAACAUUAUUAUAUCUACCACUACAUAGUAUAUUUAUGUUAUUUAAUACAAUUUUUAUAUUCAUUAUUGUAGGUUGAAAAAUAAUAUGAUUCCUUCUGGUAAGAUUCAAUUAGUCAUUUUAAAUAUUUCUAAAAACCUUGUAUCUUUAGUAGAUGUUUAGUAGGUACUAUAUUUUCUUAUAAUGUUAAAGUUAGUUUAAAUUUGAAUUGUUUAGAAUAUCGUAAGUCGAUAUCAAGCUUUAAAUUCAAUGUUAGCUUUAAUUAUGAAGUAAAAGUUAUUAUUAUUAAUAUUUAAACCGUUGGAGUAGUUAUAAAUCUUUUCUUUUAAGUUAUUUUUCUUAUUUUAUUUUAUGUAUGACAUCCUGAACCUUACACAUAUCAUUGUAACAUAAAGUAACUUCUCUAACGAGGAUAUAAUACUGCGGUUUGGAUAUUGGUAUGAAAUUAAAAAACUUUUGAUACUGAGUUUUUCUUUUAGAUGCUUUUGUGUUAUGUAUUUGUAGUCUGUAAUUUAACGAAUGUUGAUUUCUUGAACAUAAUGGUAACAAAAUCGUAGUGUAAAUAAUAAUCAUGCCAAUAACCAAAUCAUCAUCUUGUCCUAGGUCUAUAAGAUUGGAACACGUUUCAUUUCACAACGACGCCACUUGUAUAAAAGGUGGGAAUUGUUUUAAUGUUAGUAACUUUUGUACUGGUGCAACAAUAUGUGGUAAAAAAACAGUUAUUAAUCAUGAUAUUAAUCAUCGAUUGGCUGAGGACAUUGUAAUUAUGACAGUAUUGACUGAAGACUAUAAGGAAGAUAUACCUAUUCAAAGAGCUCAAGAUUUUUAGUAACUGAAUAUUAACUGGUCCCGUUAAUGCUUCCAGUUAUGCUAAAUCGCCGGUUUCUCACUAGGUCACAUUAAACAAAGAAAUAAUUGAUGGUGCAGUGCACCUCUUUCGGUCCAUAAUAAUGGUUCACAAAUGGUUUAUUUUUCUUUAAAUAGUUUUAGUCAACUUUUACAAAAUGACUACUGAUAUUGUAAGGUCAUAUUGUUGCACCUGUAUUUACGUUUUAACUCUAGUAACGAACGUUAAGCUAAUGAAUGUUGUUCUAGAAUAUUGAAUAUAGCGAUCAGUGUUUUUUGAA